CCACGCGGCCAGGUUGCAGCAGGAGUGUGACUAUCUGAGGAUGAUCGAGGUACAGCACAAGCAGUGCCUGGAGGAGGCCAGGCUGGAGAACGAGACCACAGGCUGCAGCAAGAUGUGGGACAACCUCACCUGCUGGCCGGCCACCCCUCGGGGUCAAGUGGUUGUCGUGGCCUGUCCCCCCAUCUUCAAGCUCUUUGCCCCCAUUCAAGGCCGCAACGUGAGCCGCAGCUGCACCCACGAGGGCUGGACGCCCCUGGAGCCUGGCCCCUACCCUCUUGCCUGUGGCUUAGAUGACAAGGCAUCGAGCUUGGACGAGCAGCAGCAGACAAUGUUCUACAGUUCCGUGAAGACCGGCUCCCCCAUCGGCUACAGCCUGUCCCUCGCCACGCUUCUGGUCGCCACCGCCAUCUUGAGCCUGUUCAGGAAGCUCCACUGUACCCGGAACUACAUCCACAUGCACCUCUUCAUGUCCUUCAUCCUGAGGGCCGCUGCCGUCUUCAUCAAAGACAUGGCCCUCUUCGACAGCCAGGAGGUAGACCACUGCUUCAAGGGCUCGGUGAGCUGCAGGGCAGCCGUGGUCCUAUUCCAGUAUUGUAUCAUGGCCAACUUCUUCUGGCUGCUGGUGGAGGGCCUCUACCUACACACCCUGCUGGCCAUCUCCUUCUUCUCCGAGCGGAAGUACUUCUGGGGGUACAUACUCAUCGGCUGGGGAGUGCCCAGUAUAUUCAUCACAGUGUGGGCCAUCGCCAGGAUCUACUUAGAGAAUGAAGGAUGCUGGGACUCCAUCGACUCCCCAUUGUGGUGGAUCAUAAAGGCCCCCAUCCUCACCUCCAUCUUGGUCAACUUCAUCCUGUUUAUUCGCAUCAUCCGAAUCCUGGUUCAGAAGCUGCGCCCCCCGGAUAUCAGGAAGAGUGACAGCAGCCCCUACUCGAGGCUGACCAAGUCCACGCUGCUGCUGAUUCCCCUGUUUGGAGUGCACUACACCAUGUUCGUCUUCUUCCCAGACAACUUCAAGGCUGAAGUGAAACUGGUCUUUGAGCUGGUCGUGGGGUCCUUCCAGGGCUUUGUGGUGGCCAUCCUCUACUGCUUCCUCAACGGCGAGGUGCAGGCAGAGCUGCGUCGGAAGUGGCGACGCUGGCGCUUGCAGGGCGUCCUGGGCUGGAAGGCCAAAUACCAGCACCCAUUGGGAGGCAGCAACGGUGCCACGUGCAGCACGCAAGUCUCCAUGCUGACCCGCGUCAGCCCGGGCGCCCGCCGCUCCUCCAGCUUCCAGGCGGAAGUCUCCCUACUCUGACCGCCUGGUGCUCAGGGACCUAAAGCGGCCCCUCCUGCACCCUCUAGCCCACCCCGGUCGGCACCAGGGGCAGAGGCCUGCCUGGGUGCAGCCAGCCCACCCCUGGGCUCAGAGGCUGCCGCAGCCAGCCCCCAGGUCCGACCAUUCCAGCAGAACGCAACCCUUGCACCUGCCUGGAGCGUUUCUAUGCAAGCAGAAGAGCUCGGAGCACCUCGCAGGACGUGGGUGAAACUCAGCUAUCAGACUCCCCCUCCAAAGACCCUGUCGGCCAAUCAAAGACAAGAAAUGUUCAAACCCUCAUUCUGACUCCGCCCCCUGGUAACUCCUCUGGCCAAUCGGAGAAAAGCAACUACCCAUCCUCAAACAGCGUUGGCGUGAACUGAGCGCAGAAAGGCCCCAUCAGGAAGAGUCGCCUACAACCACCACCCCAAAAUUCCGCCAUGCUGUCAAGCUCCCUUGGGUGGGGCACUACCAUUCUCGCAUCUUUCUGAAGAUACAAUCCUUCCCUCUUAGCUGCCAGCUCUUCGAGGUGAGGGACUUUCUCUGCCUCGGGUAGAAGCAAUUGUGAUUUGGAGUUCUGUUUGGGGAGCACAGCCGUUGUUGUCCCCACUGAAGUGGACUGUCCUAGGGUCAGUCUGGUGGCUGGGACAAUGCAGCCCAAGGGCUGAGGAACACUGGGGCCCCUGGGAAGUGAGAAGACUGGUCUCAGCAAGCAUUGGUGCCUCAGACUAAGCCUACCACCUGCUCUCCAAGCCUCGGUGGAAUGGGAUCAGUCAUACCAGCUCUGUGCAGCCUCAUGGACUGGAAACAACCUGACUCAAGAGCUGCCCUCCUUGGGAACCAGCAGUUAGCGUAAUACCUAUGUCGCUGGACUCCCACGUAGUAAACCGCGGUUCGAGUCUCAGACCCGGUGGCUUAAAACUCACACCGGG